AUGAAUAGUCGACAUUUUAUCCGUCAAUUUUCACAAACAACAACUAAUUUGAAAACUGGUUAUAGUACUGUAUUACCCGUACAUCAUUUAGUUAAAGUUGAAAAAGCAAAAUUAAAACCUUGUUAUUCAGAAGUUGUAAUACCAUCAGAUGAUAUAAGAUCAAAUAAAUUUAAACCUACAGAAAUUGAUCAAGAUAGAGUACAAGAUCAUUAUUAUAAUACUCUAGAGUCAGAUUUGUUAUUAAAAUUUUAUGAACAUGAUUCAAAAACAAUACCUGGUUUAAAAAAAAGAGAAUGGGGCACUGAUUCUCCAUUUAAAGUUUUUCGAAAAGGUAAAAGAAAACCAAAAGGUUCUGCAAUUGAAACUCAAGAUAUAAUACCUAUAAAUUAUCAAAAUAUACCUAAAUUAAAUAGUAUAGUUAUAAAUUCAUAUAAUAAAAAUGCAUUAGAAAGACCAUGGAUGAAUAUCUGUACAAGAUUACAAUUGGCAACAAUUACAAACAAAAAACCAAAAAUAUUGUAUAAUAAAUCAAACAUUUUACCUUGGAAAGUUAGAAGAGGUAAAGAAUGUGGUGCAAAAGUUGAAUUAUUUGAUAGAGAAAUGAAUCAAUUUAUAACUACAUUAACUGAAAUUGUAUUACCUAGACUAAGAGCUUUUGAAGGUAUAAAAUUAACAUCUGGUGAUACCAAUGGUAAUAUUACAUUUGGUUUAAAUGCUGAUGAUAUUUUAUUAUUUCCAGAAAUUGAAAAUUUUCAAGAAUUAUAUCCAAAUUUAAAUGGUAUGGAUAUUACAUUUAAAACAAGUGCAAGAACAGACCAACAAGCUAAAACAUUAUUAAGUAGUUAUGGAUUUCCAUUUUAUAAACCAGUUAAAAAUUCUGGUUAA